GAUGGCAUUUGGCAACAUAUCUUCAUAUCACUAAGCUCUUAUCUCCUGAGUUUUCUCCAGUCUGUCUAUCAAUUACAAUAGCCAAUCACUGCACAGGGAUGGGGAAAUGGGACGAUCGUAGCUCACAGGAUGCUGUUUGGUUAGAAACGUCAGUGCUGCACAACCCACGGCUGAGUCAGUGUCUGUGAGAAAAGGAACUGAAUUAAUAUAGAGAGGGGGUUGUAUCUCUGAACAUUUAAAGCCUAAAUAACCACAAUAGCAUCAUUACACAGUAGAGGGAAGAAAGCCAAAGGAAGUCUGGACAGCACUCCCUCACGUGUUGCUAAAGGAGUUGUUGAUCACACCAAAAUGAGUCUACAUGGUGCUAGUGGGGGACAUGAAAGAUCAAGAGAUAGACGAAGGUCAAGUGACAGAUCACGAGAUUCAUCUCAUGAAAGAACAGAAUCUCAGCUCACUCCUUGUAUUAGAAAUGUUACUUCUCCUACACGACAGCACCAUAUUGAACGAGAAAAAGAUCACAGCUCCUCCCGUCCAAGUAGUCCUCGUCCUCAAAAGGCUUCUCCAAAUGGUUCCAGUAGCAGUGCUGGGAACAGCAGCAGAAACAGUAGUCAGUCAAGUUCAGACGGUAGCUGUAAGACAUCUGGGGAGAUGGUGUUUGUGUAUGAAAAUGCAAAAGAAGGAGCGCGGAAUGUAAGAACGUCAGAACGAGUGACACUAAUUGUGGAUAACACUAGAUUUGUCGUGGACCCAUCCAUUUUUACUGCACAGCCAAAUACAAUGUUGGGCAGGAUGUUUGGAUCUGGCAGAGAACAUAACUUCACACGUCCCAAUGAGAAGGGGGAGUAUGAGGUGGCAGAGGGAAUUGGCUCCACUGUAUUUCGAGCUAUUCUGGAUUACUAUAAAACAGGAGUAAUCCGCUGUCCUGAUGGCAUAUCUAUUCCUGAACUGAGAGAAGCAUGUGACUAUCUUUGUAUCUCUUUUGAAUAUAGUACUAUUAAAUGUAGAGAUCUCAGUGCCCUAAUGCAUGAGUUAUCAAAUGAUGGUGCUCGUAGACAGUUUGAGUUUUACCUAGAAGAAAUGAUCCUGCCUCUCAUGGUAGCGAGUGCCCAGAGUGGGGAACGAGAAUGCCACAUAGUGGUGCUUACCGACGAUGACGUGGUGGAUUGGGAUGAAGAGUAUCCACCCCAGAUGGGAGAAGAGUAUUCACAAAUUAUUUAUAGCACAAAAUUAUAUAGAUUUUUCAAGUACAUUGAAAACAGAGAUGUGGCCAAAUCAGUUUUGAAAGAGAGGGGUCUUAAGAAGAUUAGAUUGGGAAUAGAAGGUUAUCCUACCUAUAAAGAGAAAAUAAAGAAAAGGCCUGGGGGCCGCCCAGAAGUGAUUUACAACUACGUCCAAAGACCGUUUAUUCGAAUGUCCUGGGAGAAGGAGGAAGGAAAGAGUCGGCAUGUGGACUUUCAGUGUGUGAAGAGUAAAUCUAUCACCAACCUUGCAGCAGCUGCCGCAGACAUUCCCCAGGACCAGCUGGUGGUCAUGCACCCAACUCCGCAGGUGGACGAGCUGGAUAUUCUCCCCAUCCACCCCCCUUCCGGCAGCAAUGACCUCGAUCCUGACGCGCAGAAUCCGAUGCUGUGAUGCCGAUAUUCCUCAAAACCAUUGCAUGCUACUCUUCACAGUGACGUUGCACUCUCCUCAUUCUGCACUGCAAGGCCACUCUCUUCAUCAUGAGAUGCACAUAACAAUGUUUAGGAUAUUGCAGUGUAGCCUUUUUUAAAGACCAAAGGUAGCUGAAUGGUUUUUUAAAUGAGUACAACUCUAGCAUCCUGAGGUUCCAGUUAUAUAAAUGUAUUUGUUUACCAGUGGGUUUGUGAAAUUGGUUCUUUGUAUGGGGGAACAGUCCUUUUUCACACAUCUAGAUCUUUUCAGAAGUGGUGGAAAUUGGCCACUGGGGUACUUUCAGUCUAGACUGACAUUUGUCACACCUCAGAUAUAAAAUGCAGAAUAUUACAUAGUUGCACUUUAUAAAUGGUGGUUAAAUGGAAUUGUUCAAGCCAUUUUUAUAGUUGUGAUGCACAAUGUAACUUAAAAUAAGUGCUUCUAUCAAAGUAUUCCUUCAGUAAAAUGUGUAUAGUUUACUGCCCGUGAUGAGCAAAAAAUGAGUAUUUAUCAUUGGGCAUGUUUGAAUGAUUAGAAUGAGAUUCAGUGCCCACAUCUUAACAGUCCAGUUAUCUCCAGUGCCGUUUUUGCCCUUUUAGCGUGAGUCACAUGCAGGGAAUGUGAACAUCAUGGGUGGUUUGUUAUCCAGUCUGCCUUACCCUUAACCUGUUCACAGAUAUUUAUUUACUAAUGAUUUUUUUCUUAAGAGUUAUGAGAUAGGAAAAUGAAGUGUUUGCUCUUCAUUUACUAAAUGAUUGUAAACUCGUUUUUCAUCAAAAUAAAAAUCCCAUUGUUUUCAUGUUUCUGAUCAACUUCAUAACCUUGCCCAUUUUUAGUCCCAUAGUUAGCAGACUCCCUGUCUUGGUGUCAAUAUAACUAGAAAACAAAUAGUAGCUCGUGGAACUCCAAUUUGGUAUUUGUGUGUUAAGGCACUUAUUUACCUACUGAUCAUAAAAUGCUAUGAAUCCAAAACAAUGUGAGAUCUGAAAAGAGAACAUUUUCUAGUUCAACCUGAUAUGAAGGGUGGGAUACCUUAAGGUACAGUAACCUUAAGUUUCAGAGCUGAUUUCUGACACUAGUUUGGUUCUUUUUCCAUUAUAUUGUGCUGCCCUGCUUAGCAUAUUAACUCAUAUGAAUGCUUCUUUUCUAAAAAACAUUCUGUGACCCAAUUCAAGAAGGAGUCAGAAGCAUCAGGUUCUUUGGGCCUGGGGUCACAUACUGCUGGAAGCUGUACGGUGUGAGUACUAGGGGAGAGGAGUUGUAGUAGAGAAGCUAAUCUGUUACAUCUAAUCUUGAAUUUGUAAUUUAAGAGGAUUUGAAUUUUGUGUUUAAGCAGUAACAUCUUUGUUCUCACAUAAAUGAAAACUGCAACGAUUUGGAGAUUAACUAUUUUAACAAAAUAGCCAAGCUUUUAACACAGGGAAGUGAUGUAGUCCUGGAACAGUUACGAAGGCCAGAAAGAGGUAGAUGUUACUGGCAUGGAUUGUCCUUAAAACCCACUGUAGAGAAUUGAUGAUCCAGCCCUGGAGCAUGUAGCAUUUUUUUCUAAUUAUUGGAAACGUGGACAAUAUUUAUAGAACAAGGGAAACAUUUAUUAAAAAUAUUUAACUGUCUAAUACAUUAUACUUUAACCCAUAUUUAUAGUAAAGGAUUCUUACAAGGAAGAAUAAACAGCUUUAUGAUACAAUUAGUAUAAGAAAUAUCCACAUGGGGGACUUCUUUGUAGUGUAAAAACACCAUACAUCUGAAAUGACCAUUUGCAUAUAAAAGCUACCAAUGAUGCUUCUGUGCACAAUGAUUAAAAAAAUUUAACACAAACAGAAUCCAAAAUAUACAAUUAAUGCAAGCUAUCCACAGCUAGCCCAAUAAUCAAUGAUGAGGAAACACUGGAGCAGGCUUAGUUCCACUUUGUCUGCAGUUACACAUAGUAAGAUUGACUUGUAUCAAUGGCUCUGAGAUGGCUUUUAUGAAGACAGUACAUAAAAGCUGUUCUCUCCUUACCCAGUAAGCUUCACAGACUGUAAAACUCCACCAGUAAUGCACUUUGAUACUGUAGCUGUUGCUAAAGCAACAUGUAGUGUUUACAGCGGCCACGGCAAGUCGCUAAAGUCAACAGGGCCACCCAGCCCAGCAUCUGCUUCCAAGAGGCUCAUUAUGACCGCCAUCGCUGCUUCAUCGUUACUGGGACUACUUGAGCCUUGAUCGUUGUCUAUCAUGUCUAUGCCUAUGUGCGGGUUCUCACCUGUGAGAGGAGGGGAAGACUGGUUAGUGGUAACAGCACACUGUGUUCGCCUUAGUAAGCAAUCCCUAAGCACACUUUUAUCGAGAAAGUUACACUGAACCCAGUAGGGUGAGAGGCGCUACUUUGGGUGCUACAUUACCUAUAUCUGUUUUUUAACUUUGGGGUUUUUCAGAGGGAAAAACCAACUUUUUAGAAACACAGUGCUUAAAAUGCAAUAAAGAUUAAAAGCAUUCGAGUUGACCUCAUUUUAAUAUUCUGAUACAGCCAAUUAUAAGGAUGGAGUU